CGUCACCAGAAAAUCAUGGUCAAGUUCAAGUGGCAAUACCCGAUUGGCCAGCUCAAGGUGCUCGCCAAACUGACCACCGAAAGGUAUAUAAAACAGUUGCAGUCUAUUGUUCAAUCUUUCAUUCGAGCCACGUUUUUCUGUGUUGCCGGUCGAUCAACAGCAACAGCGCGAGAUUGUUCUAUCGAAGCACAAAAUUUUACCGAACGAUUCCCUUCGAAAGAAGCAGUUAUUGUAGUGAGUGUCGAAAACUAUCUAACAAACAUGGUGCAAUCAGUGUGUAGUGAUGUCCACGAUGGGACGACCCAGUCCGAAGCCGGAAGCCUGGAGAAAAUUGCCCCGAUCCUGAAGAGCAUCAUUGUGACCAGAAGCAAGGACGGGGCCACCGUCGAUGAAAUCAUUGAUGACUACUAUGAUUUCACCGGAGAAAGCUUGCUAACCACGUGGCGCUCCCGAGAUAACAUAGGGAACCUUCUGCGGCAAAUCGAUGGCAUAUGGUCCACGUAUAGUGAGCCAAACGGUCCGUUCCUUUGGUACUGCUCAUCGGACAACACGAGGCACAUCGCCGAAAUGAUCAAGAAGCAGAAAUCUCCACGCUUCCAUAACCGGCGAUACCAUCAGCCAGCGCAGCCUUCCUUCAGGACUCCCCACACGUCGAGAACGACAACAACCAAGAACAACGUUACCAACGCCCCUGGUCCUCGGGACAAGUUCUAUCCGGACAACAUGAAUUUUAUCCCCAAACGAAACGCAUGGAAUCGCACGCCGCAUCGCUCGGUGGCCAGCCAUCCGUAUUUGCCACCCCAGCGACGCCAGAUGCAGCAUCAUAUGCAGAAACCGAUGAUGCAGCAACAGUACUACUCUAACUCGUUUUACAGUGGACCAACGUUUUGUGGCAUGCAGAUGAUCGGUGACGACUUCUUCCUUUCGCUUGCCAGAUGGGAAUUGGGAUUCCAGUAUGACCCAGGACACAAUAUUCAACAGAGUGGCCUCUGCAUUUCCGGCCAGACAAUCGCGGAAGCAGCAGACCGCGUCAUGAAGGCCCCCUACAUUAACGAUCGGGUCAUAAUCAACCUAGGCGUAGUGGACAUCCUACAUGGAAAUGACUUUGUCGACAUGCAGGAGGAUUUGUACCAGCUGAAGAAAAACCUGGAGAACCGUGGUGCACGUGCCAUUCUAACCACCCUUUCACCGCUGGCGAACAGUUCGCACAUACCGGACAUCUCCGACAAGUUGCACAGGUUCAACAACCUGAUCCGCCGAUAUCAGUGGGAACACAUCGAUCUCUGGCGGUGCUUCGUCAACGAACGGGACCAAACUUUGUACGAGUGCUUCCAACCGGCGCCCAGACAAGUCACCGGAAGCAACAAGCCACAUGUUUUGUGGAAUAAGUUAGGUCGCCAACGUAUUAUCAAAUUCAUGAAAACACAACUCGCGAGUUUGAUUUAGAAAUCUACACUUUAAGGAAAUUCGGCCGAAUUGUUAAGCGUACUCUUAUUUUUAAACUAUAGUUGCGAAGCUGGUAAUAGUAUUUUUUUGUCAUAGCUUUAAUGUAGGAACACUUAUUUAGGUAUUUUUGUGAUGUUAGACCCUAGUCAAUGUUGUGCCUUAAUUAGGAAGCUGUUUUAGAUACCAAUCCGGAGUUUCUAAAACCGCUUCUUAUCCAGGAGGUUACCCAUUUGAUCUUUCAAAACCCGGAAAGAAAGCAUAACUGGAUAACCUUCUCUCUGGACGGAGCCGUUUCAAAUUGCAUCGCAGGCGAUAAGCUCUUUGAAAUGGUUCCGACCAAAGCUUACUCCACUGGGUGACCGGUUCCCAUUGGAGACCAAGCGCAGCAACAUGUGGCUUGUCCCAUUCCCUAACUACGAUAUUCGUAACGUACUAAGCCCGUAGAGUUGAUGAUGAAACAUUUGUAGUGCGGGAAGGAUAACAGAAAAUGUCAAACCAAAUAUGAAUUACCAAAAAUUUACAAUACUUUAGAUAGAUUUUUAAACGCUUAGAAAUUAGCAUGAUUUU